GUGGCCAGUGUGCUAUUGAAGUGGAAGCAAAGAAACUACCACCACCAGCAGCCUAGUGGUGAAUGGUGAUCCACUGAUCUAUCUUUGCCUUCAUAUAAUCUUACCAAGAUCGGUUGAUUUUUGUGUUGCUGCUGCUUGCAUUCUUCUUCUCCAUUGCCAUGGCCUCCGACCGCGUCGAGGUCGACACCGCCCGCCCUUUCCGGUCCGUCAAGGAGGCCGUCGCCGUGUUCGGCGAGCGCUUCCUCGUCGGCGACGGCCAUUCCAGGCGGCCCAGCAAUGGCAAUGGCUAUGCUGCUGUCGUUGAUAUCGCCAUUGCCAAUGCCAAGCACGAAGCCGGCAGCAGUAGCAGUGGUGACAAUGUUUCUUCUUCUCCUGAUGCCAUGGAAGCUGAGCCUGAGGAGGAGGAUGCGGCACCGGCCGUCGUGCCGAUGUACUCGGCGCCGUCCUCGCCGCAGUCGUCGCCGAACGGCGAGGAGGCCGAUGACGAGCGCGACGGCGGCGUGGUCGACGCGGCGGGGGCGAUGGUGGUGCGGUCCGUCAAGAAGCUGGAGGCGGAGGUGGCCGAGACGAGGCAGGAGGUGGCGCAGCUCAAGAAGAGGGGGAGCGAGAUGGAGAUGGCCGUGGCUUCGCUCACCGCGCAGCUCCACCGCGGCCUCUCCAAGCUGGCGGAGCUGGAGGCCGACAGGGCGGCGCGGCGCAGCAUCGGGGGCGACACCGACGUGAUGGUGGCGACGUUCAGGAGCGAGCGGUGGGGCGGCAUCGGCGGCGGCGACAUCGCCGCCUCCGGCAAGUCGUACGAGUACCUGCCGUCGUUCAGCCACGCGCUCAGCCUCGGCGAGGUCGACGACGGCGAGCUCGUCGGCAGGAGGCGGAAGGCGCGGAAGGUGAAGCCGAUCGUGCCUCUCAUCGGCGACAUCAUCUUCUCCAGGAGGAAGAGCACGAAGGACAAGGGCGAUGGCUUCUACAGCAAUGGCGAUCUUUACAGUGUUCUUGGCUGAUCUCAUCUCAUCUGAUCACUAUGUGUGUGUGCUCAGCUGCUCAUGUUUGUGGCUGCUUGUUUGCAAUUUGGAUGAUCAAAUUUGCUCAUUUUUUUCCUUUUUAGUUUGGUUUUGUUUUUCUUUCUGUUCUUUGUUUGUGUGGAUUGUGCAGGGGAGUUGGAGCAAAUGUAAAAUAUUGGUUACUGCUUAUGUGAUGUGUUGGUAUUUUCAGGUCAUGAACAGCUCACUCUGCAGUGGAACAUGAAU